ACGAGAACCAAAAAAGAAAAAAAAAACGAAAACGAAAUUGCCAGCGCAGAUCACCAUCCGACCACGAGGCUACCAAAACGCCCAGCCAGACUCGUGCCACCCAUCACUCACUCCUGCUCCAUCUCCAUGGACGCACACCACCGCCACGGCCACCAUCAGCACCACCACAAAAUCGAGAGGGCAACCGCACGAGCACCAGCUCCGCUCCCAUCCCACGGCGGAGACGACGACGACGACUUCUUCCAUGUCACGACCCCCCCCUAUCCGAUCCAAUCCGCCGAAUCGCACGAGGAAACUUCGGGAGGAAAAGAAAAAAAAAACGCAUCUCAUCUCCCUCGCCACCGAGCCGCGUUCCCUUCUCUCUUCCCCCCCUGUACUUGGAAGCCCAUUAGAACACACCAAGAACAAGCAACCGAGAGCAGAGGAGACGAGAAAAAAAAAAUCCCCCCAAAUCCCAGGCCGAUUUAUCUUCGUCAACAGCAUCUGGCCAGCUCCAUCCGAGGUCGUUUCCGCCGCCUCCGCGAGGUCUCGGGAGGGGAGCGGAGCUCCCCAAUUGACCGAAUUCGCGAGGCGGGCGGACGGGCUUAGGGUUUGCCAAGGCGCUCCGGCCCUCCCGACUCGCCGGGGCGAUCUAGCGGGCCGGUUCCGCGGUUCCGGAUGAUCUUCAAGCGGAAUCAGCGGUCGGAGAUCCUUGCGCUGCGGCGCUGCAAUGCCGCGGGCGGCGGAGGGGAGGACGAGGGGGGAGGCGACCCUCGCCCGAGGAAGAGGCGGAGGGGCGAUGAGUUCUUCCCCGUCGAGCUGCUCGGCGACGUCCCAGCCUCCGCCAUCCCGUACGCGGCCUUCGGCCUCCGGUGGAGCGAGGAGUCCGCCGAGGCACCGGCAGAGGCCGCGCAGCCAGUGCCCGCGGCGAGGCCGCCGGUGGUGCGCACGUCGCGGGGCCGCACGCAGGUUCUGCCCUCUAGGUUCAAUGACUCGGUACUUAUCGACCCCUGGAAGAAGGAGAAGCCGGCCAAUCCGCCGCCGGCAGCGGCGCCGCCUGUCAAGACAGAGCAUUUGGUGCGCAAAAACGGGCUGCUGCACAGUAAAGCUGCAAUUUUUGGCAGGAGCUUUGCAUUGUCCGAGGUACAUGACAACGAUGAGGAGGAGGCCAUGGUGGAAGGUUACCGGGCACGCCGCAAUUUUGGUGAUUCCAGGAAGUACUUAGCCUCUGGGAGCACGCUUACCUCGGUACAUGAUGAACCAUACAGCAAUUACCACAGAAAGGAAGUAAUGCUUAGGCAUUACUAUGAGGAAGAAGAUGAGGAAGACGAGGAGGAUGAGCAAGAGGAGGAUGAAGGGUAUGAGGAAGAGGAUAAAGAAGAGAUUUUUCACUGUACCGAGCAAUUGGUGUAUGGGGACAUUGUGUGGGCAAAGCUUGGCAAACGUCAGCCGAUGUGGCCAGGAGUGCUGAUCGACCCAACUCAGCAGGUCGCUGCUGAUGCAAUGCCACCACAGCCUCGCCGUGUCGCUGUGCUUUGUGUGAUGCUAUUUGGCUGGUGCACAGAGUUCAGUGAUGAGAAGAAGUACGUGUGGGUGAGGCAGGGGUUGAUAUUUCCAUUUUCAGACUACAUGGACCGAUUUCAAGGGCAGACAGAACUAAGCAGUUGCAAACCUGCUGAUUUCCGGAGGGCAGUAGAAGAGGCCUUUUUGGCUGAUCAGGGAUUCUCAGAAGUAGUGAUUGAUUGCAGCACUAAGGGCCAACCUGUGGUGUGUCAUUCUUUCCCAGAUGAUUUACAUGAAGUGACUGGUUCAAAUGAGUUGGAGUACCAGCCACAGAUUAAGCGGUGCAGAAGAGCACUGCAGUGUGAGAGUUGUGGAAACUGCUUCCCGAACAAGGAUACAAACAAGAUGGUGCAUGUGAUGGAGCAACUUGCUUGUAGACUUUGUGCCGGGAUCUUGGCAUUGAAGAAGUACUGUGGAAUUUGUUUAAAAAGUUUGCAACAUAAAUAUGGUGGAAGAUGGGUUUGCUGUCAUGGCUGUGAAAGUUGGGUUCAUGCAGAAUGCGAUGAAAAUUGCAGCAACCUCAAGGAUCUACAAGACAACAGUUAUCGCUGCCCUUACUGUAGAGUUAAAAUGAAUUCAACUCUCCCUGGGAAGAACACAAAAUUUUCUGAUGUCAGAAAAGAUAGUUCUGCACAGAAAGGGGGCAAGCCUGACAAAGUUGCACUGGUCUGUUUUGACCUGGAAGGAACAUACCAACCAGAUCUCGAAUUAAUUUCUUGCCAUUGUGGCCCUUGCAAAGGACAGAAAUUUUUGUUCAAUGAAUGGGAGCGGCAUGCUGGCUGUAGAAGUAAAAAUUGGAGGUCCAGUAUUAAGCUUAAGGGCUCAUUGAUGCCAUUUGGGAAAUGGAUAGAUCGACAUCAGCCAGGCGUGUGCCCUACUAAUCCUUCAAAACGCUUAUCUCAGAAAAUGAAGAAACAGAAGUUAAUCGAUUUACUAAAUGACCCAUAUGAUCCUGUAAAUGUAAAAUGGACAACAGAAAGAUGUGCGGUCUGUAGAUGGGUUGAAGAUUGGGAUUACAACAAAAUUGUGAUUUGUAAUAGAUGUCAGAUAGCAGUUCAUCAGGAAUGUUAUGGUGUGACGGGAAAGCAGGACUUUACUUCAUGGGUUUGUCGGGCUUGUGAAAAACCUGAGCAAAAAAGGGAGUGCUGUCUUUGCCCUGUGAAAGGUGGUGCUUUGAAGCCAACAAAUGUUGAUAACUUGUGGGUUCAUAUAACAUGUGCAUGGUUUCAGCCACAGGUUGCUUUUGCUAGUGAUGAGCUCAUGGAACCUGCUGUUGGGAUAUUGAACAUUCAACCUUUGCUAUUUAUGAAGAUGUGUGUGAUUUGUAAACAAAUACAUGGUUCAUGUACUCAAUGCUACAGGUGUUCUACUUACUACCAUGCCAUUUGUGCAUCAAGGGCAGGCUAUCGAAUGGAGCUUCAAUGCUUGGAAAAAAAUGGCAAACAGACAACAAAGAAGAUUUCUUACUGUGCCCAACAUCGGAGCCCUAACCCUGAUAAUGUUUUGAUAAUUCAAACUCCUGCUGGAACUUUCUCAUCAAAAAAGCUUGUUCAGAGCAAUGGCAAGGUAGCUGCAUCGAGACUGAUCAGGAAAGAUAUUCCCUUGGAUUUGCCGUUAGAAGUUGAAAUUUCAGAGAACUUAUCAGCGGCAAGAUGUCGGAUUUAUGUUAGGAAGGAUCUAAAGAGAUCUAGAGAGGGUGCAAUUGCGCAUCGUGUUAGAGGACCUUGUCAACACCGCUGGGAUGAAAUUGAUAUUCUGAAUCCACCAAGGGAAGAGAGGGAUCCAGAAUCUUUUUGUACUUUCAAGGAGCGUUUGUGUUAUUUACAGAAAACAGAGCAUGGUAGAGUAUGCUUUGGUAGAUCAGGAAUUCAUAGGUGGGGACUUUUUGCUCGGAGGGACAUUCAAGAAGGAGAAAUGGUCCUUGAGUAUCGCGGUGAGCAGGUUAGACGAAGUGUAGCUGAUUUACGGGAAGAAAAAUAUCGUGUACAAGGCAAAGAUUGCUACCUUUUCAAAAUCAGUGAGGAAGUGGUUGUUGAUGCGACAGACAAAGGAAACGUGGCACGAUUGAUCAAUCAUUCUUGCACACCAAACUGCUAUGCAAGGAUUAUGAGCGUUGGACAUGAUGAAAGUCGUAUUGUUCUAAUAGCCAGAAAAAAUGUUUGUGCUGGUGAUGAGCUAACGUAUGACUACCUGUUUGAUCCAGAUGAGGCUGAUGAACGCAAAGUGCCAUGCCUUUGCCAGACUGCUAACUGCCGGAAAUUCAUGAAUUAGUUUACUUAGAUGUCAGAGGAUCACUGACAUAGUUUUUCCCUCCUUGUUUAUCCCCCCUUCCCCCCCUCGAUGAUUCAUUUGUGGUAUAUCUUGAUCUCUCCCGAUUUUUGUUUACAUUCAUCUUAGAAUAAGUUUAGUUAGAGCUCAAAAGUCGAGCUUCCAUUCCUGUAAAUACCACAGUUGUAUUCACUAGGGCCAGUACAUUUUUCAAAUAAAAAGUUUUGUGCCAUGUUGAGCUCGAUCGUGCACAUUAGCAGACAUUGACACCAUGACAUGUCCAUAUUCUUCAAUAUACUUUUGAAUCAUCAGACAGUACAAUACAA